CACUCCUACUCCAACUAAAUGCAAAUAAGAGUUUGUCACUUGUCAAGAAGAAAAGAGACCGCUCAAAUUGGAUAUUUUCUCUCUGUUCUAAUCAUUCUUCUGUCUGCCACCAUUCUGGUUUAGUGUGAAAGAGAGAGAGAGAGAGCGACAACUUUGAGAGUUGGUGCAGCUGAUAGUUAAUACUUAAAGAUAGUACUAUUAGCAGUGGUAAUAAGAGAAGAAAGACGAGAUCUUUGGAAAUGGGGGCUUUGGAUCAUCUCUCGCACAUCUUUGAUUGCUCCAGUGGCCAUUCCAAGCUUAAGAAACGCAAACAACUCCAGACCGUGGAGAUAAAGAUUAAGAUAGAUUGCGAAGGAUGUGAGAGGAAGGUGCGAAGAUCCGUUGAAGGAAUGAAAGGGGUGACCUCUGUUGAGGUGUCACCAAAGCAAAACAAGCUAACGGUCAUCGGUUACGUUGAACCUGAGAAGGUUGUGGCUCGUGUGGCUCAUCGUACAGGAAAGAAAGCUGAGCUCUGGCCUUAUGUGCCGUAUGACGUUGUUGCACACCCUUAUGCACCUGGUGUCUAUGACAAGAAAGCCCCAGCGGGUUAUGUCCGAAAUUCUGAGGAUCCACAAGUUUCGCAGCUAGCACGGGCGAGCUCAACUGAAGUUCGCUACACUACUGCUUUCAGUGAUGAGAAUCCAGCAGCAUGUGUUGUCAUGUGAUCUUUAGUACAUCCGUGUGUAUGAUAUGGAGUAGGUGGAUUAGUUGAGCGUAUCUAGGUGGUUGUAUUUGCUUUCUAAUUUCUGUGUGUGUGCAAAUUGAAGUAGUUCUUUUAGCCUAGUGGUUUGUUCACGUGUGAUUUUGUAUUUCGAUAUGGUUUUAUGCAAUGAAUAUCUUGUGACGUUAGAUAAUAUGGGGGUUGAUGAUCUUUUCUUCAAUGUUAAGAAUUGCAGUCAUCAUGCAUGAAA